AUGUCAGUUGUUGUUACAUUACCGCUUGUACAACAAUACCUAUCACAAUAUGGAAUAACAACAUAUUUGAUACUUGGAAGUAUUGGAUUAUUUCUUAAUAUAGCUUACUUUACUCAACCCGCAUAUCGUGACAAAUCGUUUUCACUUUAUAUUAUAACAAUGUCAAUAUGUGGUUUACUUGGUUUACAUAUCUCUACUGUACCAAUCAUUUAUGCAUUAUAUAAUCCAUAUCCACUUACUUACAAUGCUUUCUUUUGUGCAAUACAAUUCUAUCUACGACAUUCAUUCAAUGAAUUAAUGAGAACAUUUUUUGUUCUUGCCUGUGCUGAUCGAUAUGCAUCUAGCAGUACACAAGCAAAGAUUCGUAGAUUUAGUCAGUACAAAGUGGCAAUCCGGGUUAUUCCAUCGGUUUUGCUUUUUUGGUUUAUAGUGUCUAUUUUUCCAACUAUGAUGCGUACAUUAGAUAAAGGUGUCUGUGAUGCUAGAAGUGGUGUAAUUCAUACUGUUUAUGCAAUUUAUAUUUUAAUGAGUCUUGGCAUUUUCCCAUUAACAGGUUCUUCAGUAUUUGCUAUAUUACUAAUUAAAAACAUGAAAUCAACACGUCAACGUAUUCAUCCAACUAUAACUCUUGAACCAGAACCGCAUAAUCUUCGAAAACGUGAUCGAGAUAUGCUGAGAAUGUUAUUGGUUGAAUUGAUUGGUUAUAUUCUUACCACUAUACCAAAUACAGUCAUCCAAAUUUAUAAAUCAGCUGCUGCUAAUGUAGUUAAAACAAAAGAUCGGCUUGCAAUUGAGAACUUUACUAUUUAUUUAGCUCAGAUAUUUUUACUUUAUCUCACCAAUACUUUAUCAUUUUGGGUCUUUUUAUCAGCAUCACAAACUUAUCGUACUGAACUCAAAAAUAUGCUCAUUAGAUGGUAUCGGUUUAUCACUCGUCAAAGAAUCAACCAAUAG